UGAUGACACCUUACUGAUGUUCCUACAGGUCUCUGGGGACUGCCACAGCGCUGUCCUCUGUGUUAGGUGUGACACUGACAGCAGCUAUUGGUGGAGCAGACAUGCCUGUGGUCAUCUCUAUGCUAAACAGUUACAGUGGAUGGGCGCUGUGUGCUGAAGGGUUCAUGUUACAGAACAGCCUGUUGACGAUUGUCGGCACCCUGAUCGGAUCGUCCGGUGCCAUCCUGUCCUACAUCAUGUGUAAGGCCAUGAACCGCUCCCUCACCAACGUCAUCUUCGGCGGCCUGGAGGCCAAGACAAAGACUUGGGGAGGUGGCAAACCCAUGGAGAUCACUGGCACUCACACCGAGGUCAACGUGGACCAGUCUGUGGAUCUCAUCAAGGAAUCCAACAACAUCAUCAUCGUUCCCGGCUACGGUCUGUGUGCUGCCAAGGCCCAGUACCCCCUGGCUUCCAUGGUGGAAACCCUCACCAAGAAGGGGAAGAACGUCCGCUUCGGUGUCCAUCCCGUGGCCGGACGCAUGCCCGGUCAGCUGAACGUCCUGCUCGCGGAGGCCGGCGUCCCCUACGACAUCGUCUUGGAGAUGGACGAGAUCAACCACGACUUCAAGGAGACGGACCUGGUGCUGGUGGUGGGCGCCAACGACACGGUGAACUCGGCAGCUCAGGACGACCCCAACUCCGCCAUCGCCGGCAUGCCCGUCAUGGAGGUGUGGAAAGCGGCGAACGUCAUCGUCAUGAAAAGGACUCUGGGCGUGGGGUACGCCAACGUCGACAACCCGGUAUUCUACAAACCCAACACGUCCAUGCUGCUCGGAGAUGCCAAGAAGACGCUAGAAGGCUUGCAAGGGAAGGUCGCAGAUUAUUACGCCAGCUAGAGGCCCAAGGGUGAUCAAGAAGUCUGCGUGUGUGGGUAGACAUAGAUGUACAUACAAUAACUCAAUCAGCAACAGAAUGUACACACAACAAUCAAUGUUAGGCCAAAAUUCACACACAUGCUAUACCUAGCCUGUAGUCCAGGACUCAAGGCAUCAUUGAAAUGUACUGUAAAAUACAAAAGUCCACCCAUAAGUGCAUUUUUUAAAUCUUUCACGAAAUAGUAUGAUCAAUGAAAACAAAAGACAGAAAAGAGACAUUUCUAUGAACUACUCUUUCUCCAAAAGCUAGAUAUUCUAUUUUUGAUUUGUUGAUAAUUAGACUGAUUCUGUUGUAUGUCCCUUGAAAAAAGAGUAUCAUCUUUAACAUUUUACUAAAACUCACCAGAUACAAAUGAAAAAAGAAAAUGGGUAACUCUUGGUAAUAAUGAUGCAUUAAAACAUAUCCUGAUGAAAUAUAAGCGUGCUGACACACAAUAUUAUCAAAGGUGUUGUUCUGAGGUGUGAAAAAAGUAAUGUUUUUUUGAUUGCCAUAUAGAAAAUCAUGAGUUUACCAUAACCUCAAAGUGUAUGAAUUUAGACAGUAUAUUCACUAUGCAACAAUAACAACCCACCGUGGUCGUUUAAUUGUGGUGAACAUGAAACAUAACACAAGCAGAGCAGUAUAAUUUAGGGAGUAGCUCAGCUCACUGUAUCUGGGAUACAAGACCAUACUGUAAAAAGGGGAAAACAGGAGAGGUUAAAAUAGGUGGGAAAUGCAUGAAAAAGUGAUGAUUUUAACAUGGAACAUCAGGAAAAAUUUAUGACUUGCGCAAUAAACAUCAAACAAUACAUAAAACCUCUCCACAAUCAACUCUGGUCAAUCCAAAAUAUGUGUUACUUGAUUUAUGUAAUUGGACAUGGAAUACUGAUGUUUUAGCCAUGGGGAACACACAUAAUAGAAAGAUUAUCAAUGCAGUAACUUUGUUCAUGACAGAUUUGUUGGUGUAAUUUGGAACUUCAAGUGUGUGUGCCAAAAGUAAUUCUCAAAUGGUGUUGACGACUCAGAAACAGUGAGUAAUACUAACAGUUAAACAUGGUUGUGCUUAAACACUAGGAUGUGCUUGAAGCAACAUUUGCUGUUCCAUGUUGUGUCUUACUGGUCUGGAUAACUGGGAUCUCCCAAGUGUGUCUGUUGAAGUGUUUUCUUGCCUCUGAGUGAAAAUGGAAUAAACUAUGGACCUAUGA